AUGCAGCCAAGGAGUGGAGGAUUUAAUCCCAGAAAUAAAAAGUCUGCAAGCACCAGUAGUAAAAAGGGCAAAGGCAAACUCCAAUGCUGUACUUUGAAAUUUUUCUGUUUAUCUAAAGUUAAUUCUGAAAAACCACCAAGCUCUGUGUACGAAAAGACAGGCCUUUCAAACUGUGGCCUGGGGCCAGGAUCAAUUACAUUAGACAUCAACAGCACUGCCACUGAUGUCCACGACAGCCUAGUGGAAAGGUUCCCUUUACUGCAAGUAGGUGGUGGUUACGAAUUGUUGCUUUAUCAACGAGGGGGGCCAGAGCAAGGGUUUCACAAUAUACCCCCACCCUACACUCCAGCGAGAAUCAAGGAGCUAGCAGGCCAAGCCCAUGUCUAUGUUCGGCCCUUACAGCAGGAUCUGGAUGACACUGAGCAAGCAGAGGUUCACUGCACUACAGUGAAAGUAAGCAAAUGAUUUUCACUUUCCUGAUAUGAAAUUGUCGUAAUCAAUUUAGUAACAACUGGGAUGUAUGAGUCUCCAAGUCAUUGUUUGGAAAAAUAAGAUCGAACUUCAUUCAAUUGAUUCUGGUGGACUCUGUAACAUGUAAACAGUCUUCACAUUCAAACAUGUGGCAUUUUAAAACUGGUCACCCUCAGGAUAUUAUUUUUUGUUUUGCUUUACUGUGCUCAGUGGUUGGUAAAAAACCUCAUGCCAUCUUUGUCAACCAAUCACAAGUAAAACAAAAACCCAAUGUGACUUGCUCACAUGUUUGUUAUGCAUGGCAUCGGUUUUUUAACUUGCCGAGGAAUGUAACUCAGGGAAGGGUUCGGCUCAGGUAGAUGUCAUAUAAAUAGGCCCCAAGACAGGGCUGCUCAAUAUAUUUUUGAAGUGAAACUAGUUUAGCACCAAUGACAUGAUGUGUAUGUGGUUUAUUUUAAGAGCAAAAAAGUUGAUUUUUUUUUUGCACAAUCAGACAUCUGGACCACGUGUGAAGUGUUUGCAGUGUCACGAGGAAGUACCAAUGCAUGAACUUAGACACCAUACAGAGGAAGUUCAUGGUAAAACACAGAAGGUAGGUCUUUCUUCACUUUUUACUAUUCAACCAGUGUUAUUUUGUUCUGGCCCAGUUCCCAGGCAUUCUGGCUCUUUUAGCCUUGCAAUCUACCUUUGUGUGGUGACAUCAUCAAGAAGCACUUCCUGGAGAGUACUUCUUGAUGACAUCAAGCUUCACAUUGAUGAGUCAUCAGUUUCAUUCUUUGCACAGUUAAUUAAACAAGAGAGAACACCAAGGUACAAGUCUGAUUUUGAACCAGUAUUUAUACUAUACAACAGUCACUGCUGCUGGUGGUAAUGAGUACAAUCAGAUCAAGAGACAACCUCUCAAAUGAUUUUAAAUCAAAGGGUGAUCUUUAGGGUUAGUGAGAUGUUCUUGAUCUGAUUGUGAAAUUAAUGCCAAAUAUUCCUGGGUUCUAUUCAUUGCAAUAUUUAUAAGGGCUGACAAAGGCUCUUGAGCAUUCUUGUUGUGCAUGUAGCUCUUUUACAUUUCAGCAUAAAAUAAUUAACAAUUGUCUUUCCCUGAAUCACAUUUAAAUUAACAUGACUCCUUGUCUUAAAGAGAUCCAGCAGUACAACCCCCUUGGAUGAUUUCCUAGAGAGGUUAGUCCACAUAGUAGUUUAUACAUGUAUUAUUUAAUACUACACUGUAGAUCUUCAUCAAAUUAUUGACUAGUGAGUCCCAUCAAAAUCAUGGAGUAUUAUUAAUGUUAAAUUAUAUUAAUGUUAAUAAGUACAUGCACUUGACCAAUGAACCACCAAAUCAGGCCAGGAACAAAUCAAUCACUAAAGCCAACAAAUUUUCAAUCAUGUGCAAAUUCAAAUCAGGACACAAACAUACAAAAAAAAAGAACUUUGCCAAAAUCCUGAUAACUUGAUCCCAAUCUGAACCAAUAACCCAGAUAAAGUACCUCAUAUAUUUUAGUUUUGGACAAUAUUUUAUUAUCCUUCAUCUUACACAAACAAUGUACAUUCAACAUCAUUUAUAAGCUCAAGUAUCUUGAGAAUCUGGACCUAAAAAAUGAAAUGAGAUUAUGCACAUGAAAUACAAGACUCUGCUGUUCAAAAUAUAUUUAAUAAUAUAAUAUACAUGUAAGUACUAAUUAAAUAGAUUAAUAAUGAUAAUGGAUAAAUAAUGAUAAAAAUAGAUUAAUAAUAUAAUCUAUCAAUAAUAUACAUUAUGUAUUAGUUUUUAGCUGCAUUUUCUGUUUUGACUUGCAGAAACACCAAGAUCUCUAAGAUUGAGGAUACCAUCCCUGAUGAUGAUGAUUCAUCUCUAGCUGGACCUUCCUUCAUCACUGAUGACCAAAUCAUCCAGUUGCGGGAAAUGUUUCCCAGCAAGCCAACAGACUGUUUGCGUGAUAGUCUGUUGGUCUAUGGCACACUUACAAAGGCUGCAUUAUCACUAGCUGGGGCAGAAGAUGACGAGGAUGACAGUGGUCUCCUCGAAUCACCUUUUUAUACAUGUAAUGCACCAGCUUCCUUACAAGCCAUAAUUGAAGAGCUAAAGAAAAAGUUAAGUGUCGAGAAAGAAAAACUCAAGGUCGAGGAAGAUGAUCUUCUAAACGAUGCCCUCGCCUAUUACAAGGACAAGGACUUUGAUCCCAAAAAGAAACUUCGAAUUGUGUUUAAAAGUCAACCUGCAGCAGACACGGGAGGUGUGUUGAGACAGUUCUUUACACAACUUCUGAAAGAAAUCUCGGAACUCUUCUUUUAUGGUGAAAAGUCAAGACGUCCAAUCUACAACUCUGAUAUUGUGUCAUCGGGAAUGAUGAAACUCAUAGGGACAAUUAUCGUCCACAGUAUUUUGCUUGCAGGACUGGGGUUUCCUGUUUUUUCUCGUUCUGUGUACAGGUACCUAGCUACUGGCAAAACAGAUGAAGUUGUCCAAAACAUGACAGUUGAUGACUGCUCAGCACCUGUUAGGAGUUUCAUAGAGAAGGUGAUUUUUACUUAGUCCUGAGAAUUUUAAGAUAACAUGACUGUGGGUAUGUGUAGGUGUGUGGGGUGUCUGUUAAUAGCAUCCAAAUUAAAAAAAAGAUUAUCUGUUUACCCAUGUUGUCCUGUGACUGGUAAUCAGAAUGCUACAUUUCAUGCAACUGUGCACCCAAAGGAUGUUGAGGUGGACACAGUUCCAGUGCAAUUUAAUGCUUGCAUGCAAUGUUGUGUGUAAUUUUGUGUGCAGUAAUGUUGCACCAUGUGUUCCAGUCCAAACUCAGUGUUACAUGACUUUAUUUACAGAAAUAUUUUAUUAUUGUUAUUAUUAUAGAUUACAGCGGUGGAUGAACUUGCGUCCCUUGAUGAAGAGGAAACGACCAACAUUCUCUCCGAAUGUGGGCUGACUUUCAAUCUAACAGUGAGUCAUUACAUAUAUUUUCUGAAUUCUGCUAUAUCUGGUCUGCACAAUAAUCAUACCACUGGGCUAAGCAGUUUCCCUAAGUCAGUAGUUAUAAUACAUAUAGCUAUCGGUAACUACAGUAUCCCUGGUUUUGUCAAUUGCGUCCUUGCUCUCAUUUCCUGGGGAGAGAAGGCGGGCAAUACCCCCAUGCAUGGACACAGGCAAAAUAAUUUUUGGUGACAAGAACAGACAAACCUAAACCAUUAAUCUUUAAGUUUUUCACUAAGGCAAGUAAACUGUUUUGCUUUUGUGCAAAAUGGUACAUGUAGCUGCGUGAUCAAGGUGUAUUAAAGGCACAACAUUUUUUUGGAUUUCAUAGAGCGAAAACCAGAUGAGGGUCAUACAAGCUGUCAUGAUCCAUGACAUCAUAGGAAAGCCAAAGAUCGUGCUUGACCAGUUACGAGAAGGCUUGGCAACCCUAGGAUUUGGUACAGAGAUGCUGCGGCAUCCAGAAGAGUUUGAAGAGUUGUUUGUGCACGACAACAAUGUCUUGGAGAGUGGUUCAAUCAUAGGUUCACUUCAGUUCCCUACAGUUUUGAGCAGUGAUGAAUCAACAACACAUGACUAUCUCAUAAAUUCUUACAGGGAGGGUCCCAAGAAACCCUAA